CGCGCACCAGCCAUCCUCUUCCUUCUUCUUCUUGAAGUCCACUCUUUCUCUCUCUCCUCCUGAGCAUUCUCUGCUGCGCUUCGCGUGCGAUGCCCUGCUCCCGCUCCGUCACCGGCGCCGGAAUUCUCCGAGCUCGUCGUCGCCGUCGUCAUCGUCAUCGCGCCUCGAGCUCUCGUCGUCGUCGUCCCGUCUCGUCUCCCGCCGUUUCCUCGCAGAACGAGCGGGUCUACAGACGGUCGAUGCUGUGAUUCCGUGGUUUUGAUGUGAAUUUUCCGCGGUAGUUUUUCGGUUCAUCGGCAAUGAACUUCGAGCUUCUCAACCAUGUUCCGUGGUUCGGCAGGGCCCAUCCGGAAAAGGAUUUGGGGUCGACCUUUGGAUCUACCACCACGGUCUUAACAGAGCAACCUAAACAGAAGGGUGGUUUCAAUCUCAAGUUGUGUGGUUGGUCCAUCCUUUCUGUUCUUCCAUGGGCUCUUGGUUCCGAAGAUGGAACAAGAAUGCCUCCUACUGUGAAUAGGCAGUUGAAAAGGCGUGCUCAAUCUGGUGGGACAGUUCAAAACAGCAGUAAGGUCAUGGCUGUCCGCUUCCGGCCCUAUGUUUCGAAAGUUCCAUGGCAUACAGGGCCGAGAGCGUUCCUCUCUCAGCUAUUCCCAAGAUACGGGCAUUAUUGCGGCCCUAACUGGUCAAGUGGAAAGGAUGGCGGGUCUCCUCUAUGGGACCAGAGGCCAAUUGAUUGGUUGGAUUAUUGCUGCUACUGCCAUGAUAUCGGUUAUGACACCCAUGAUCAGGCGAAGCUUUUGGAGGCUGAUUUAGCAUUUCUCGAGUGCUUGGAAAAGCCACACUACAGAACAAAAGGAAAUGCCCAUGUUGCGCAUUUCUAUAAGACGAUGUGCAUCACAGGUCUCAAGAACUUCUUAAUUCCGUACAGAGCACAUCUUGUGAAGCUAAAGUCGAGGCAACCUCUAAUUGAUUUUGGUUGGCUGAGCAACGUGAGAUGGAGAAGUGGGAAUAUUCAGAAAAACGGAAAUGAGUAAGAGUUGUGUGGCUUGACAAGCGGGAUUUGUAUGUUAUCGCUUAGUUGACUAGCUUGGUAAUUUAGCCCUGGAUCUUAGAUGGUAUGGUUCUUUAGUUUGUCUUUUGUUCUUGUACUGAAGCUUCUCCGAGCCACACCUUUUAUAGGCUAUGGAUCACAAGUGGCUACAUAAACAUGUAUUGUUUACUUUUCCACUUUCUUAAUUGCGCAUGCUUUGUACAUAAACAUCAUUCGUGCCGCUGCCCCUCUGUUGCCACAUUCUGGAAUCUGAACACAACCGGUUGAGCUUGUGCACUAAGGCUGAGAUGUGGCAUUUAGCCAAAUUAUUGUUUACUGUA